AUGGAUUCUAGCUUCGGGAACCCGUUCCUCUUUCUGACCGAUCUGGCAUGGAAGAUACGCGUGGCGUUACCGGCCCUCAUACUGGUCAGUUCGAUGGUGUUCGAUAUACGCUGGGAGAUCGAGAUCAACAUCACCACCGAGCGGAUCCCGUUGCAGGAUGGUGAACCGCGCCGUGACGACGAUUUGUACUACGAUGAUGACGAUGAUGAGGAUAAUGAUGAUGAUGAUAACGCAGACGCAGCAGUAGAUGAUGAUGAUGAAGACGAACCGAAUGGUGGUGGAGCAGGUCCUGGCGUCAAUGGAACAAUUCGAAUAAGCCGAUAUGCCAUCGUUAAUAUUCACAAUGUGCGUCGUUAA